AUGUUGUGUAUGGGAGAAGAAGAUAGAGACGAAACUCCUGUUCUGGAUUAUCGAGUAAAAGAAAAAAUCCAGUGGCGCCCAAACAAACCGACAAAUUUCGAAGAACCAAUGACCAGUGAUGACACGCCUGCAAAGAGAAAGGUGGCCUUGAUAAUGCCCACGUACGAAGGGAGUGAAUAUGAGGAUCCACGGAAGUUUAUAAAUGGCAUACAGAGAUAUUUUCUGAACGAGAAUAUUCCGGAGGAGGAAUGGACUAGGCAAGCCGCAAAUCAGUUACGAGGCAACGCGCGGAUGUGGCAUCAAAACUUUCCGUCGUUUAGCCACACAUUUAUGGAAUUUAGACAGCAACUGAUACAAAAAUAUGAUAAUCCCCAAAUCCGAAUGAAAUUACAGAGUGAGUUGUUUGGCAGGAGGCAAGGGAGUGAAGAGGUGUCUAUUUUCAUAGCGAGGAAGGUAGCAUUGUUUAGAAGGAUCCAGCUUAAUUUUGACGAGAAUAUGAUGGUGGAACAGAAAAAGGUAAUGCUCUUGCCGGAAAUUCGCACCAGUUUUGUGGGAAUAGAGAUAACAACUAUUACCCAACUGACGCAACUAGCAGUAGAAGUAGAAAUAAAUCUUAGAGAAGUGGAGCAAAGAAAACCCAAUACGACGUUGACGCAACUACAAGAAGGAGUUGUAGUCAGAAACCAUAGACCCCCGUACCCAUGUUUAACCCAAGAAGACACCCAAACUCUUAUUGAAAACGUGGACAUCAUCUACCACGGAGCAGCUUCAAUAAGAUUCGAUGACCAUCUGACAAAUAGCAUACUGUUGAAUACAAGGGGAACUAAAGAAGUUAUAGACAUAGCAUUGCAAGCAAGAAAGUUAGUAACGUUUGUGCAUAUAUCUACUGCAUAUUGUAAUAGCUAUAGAUCCGAAAUAGAGGAAAAAAUAUAUCCAGCACAUGCCGAUUGGGAAAGUACUAUAACAUUGGCGGAACAAGUUGAUCCACACACUUUAAGUAUUCUGUCACCGAAAUAUAUUUAUCCUUUACCAAAUACUUACACAUUUGCAAAAUCUUUAUCUGAACAUGUCGUUAACGAUUUGUGCAAAGGCAAACUACUUGCAACCAUUGUAAGGCCUUCAAUUGUUGUUCCGUCUUUAGACGAACCAAUUCCUGGCUGGAUUGAAAACUUCAAUGGCCCAGUAGGUCUGCUCUGUGGUGGAGGAAAAGGUGUAUUACAAACAUGUUAUGGAGAAGAAAAUUCCACUUUUGAUUGGAUUCCAGUGGACAUUUUAACAAAGUUGUUAAUUCUGAUUACCUACGAAAAGGCAUUAUCUAAUGACCCGGAUGAAAUUCCAGUAUACAACACUGCUGCUGGUGAGAAGACGGCAUUGACCUACAAAGAAUUAAUGGAUUAUGGCCGAAAAACAAUGUGGGACGCACCGUAUCCAAAUUUAUUUUGGUAUCCCUCAGUUGCAAUGGUAAAUAACUUAUACAAGUUUUAUGCAUAUUUUCUUUUAUAUCAUCUGAUACCUGCAUUAGUUGCUGAUGGUUUACUAAAGGCUUUUGGAAAGAAAACAAUGAUUCUUAAAAUUCAGCGGAAAUUGCUUUUGGCUAAUACGGUGUUAUCGCAUUUUAUGAGAAAUUCAUGGAAAUUUAAAAAUGCAAAAGUGAAGGCUUUACAGAAACAUGUAGAUGAGGAUGGAACGCAAACGUUUUCUUUUGGACACUAUUUUGAAUUGAACUCAGAUGGUAGAUAUGCAUUUUGGCGCCAAGCAAAGAUAUCUUCCUCAAAGUUACUGUUUGAUGAAGAAUACAAUAUUGAAAAAGGAAUAAGGAACACCAUGAUAUUUUGGAUUCUGAACAGUGUUCUUCACGUCGCCGUUUUUGGUAUACUAUUGUGGUACUUGAUAUCAAAAAUUGAAAUAAUAACAGUUGUUAACAAUACGAUAAAUUCGUAUUUAGUUUAUUUUAGUGAAUUGUAA